UUGAGGACAAACAUUUCUGCAAUCAAUCAACAAAUGUAUCUGGCAUGAGCACCUUCACCACCACCACAUAUUUAUUAUGUGUUUCUGUUGGCUGUUUAUCAGUUCUUAUAAUGUUUGGAAACCUUCUUGUAAUAAUCUCCAUCAUUUACUUCAAACAGCUCCACACUCCUACAAACUACCUCAUUCUGUCUCUCGCUGUAGCUGACCUGCUUGUUGGCCUUUUAGUUUUGCCUUUUAGCACCAUACUGGCUGUAAGUUCAUGUUGGGAUCACCAAGAUUUACUCUGUGAGGUACGAACCACCUUUGAUAUCUUUCUGUGCACAUCCUCUAUUUUGAACUUGUGCUUCAUUUCUGUUGAUAGAUAUUAUGCUGUGUGUCAGCCUCUGAGGUACAGAGCUAAAAUAAAUGUCCGUGUUAUUGUGAUCAUGAUCCUGGUGAGCUGGAUUGUUCCUACACUAAAUGGAAUGAUCCACGCAAUUAUUGGAGUACACGAAGGCCAGUCUAACAGAAAAUGUGUUUUAAUUCAAAAUAUGAAUUCAGCAAGUACAGGACCUGUCCUUUCUUUUUACAUUCCAGCUAUCAUCAUGUUAAUCACCUACUUAAAGAUUUUAAUGGUGGCACAGAGACACGCACGCAGCAUCCAAAACACGACCUGUCAGAGUAAAAAGUCUGAAAGUAAGAUGGAGAGAAAAGCCACCAAAACGUUGGCUAUUGUAAUGGGAGUUUUUCUCACCUGUUGGACUCCUUUCUUUCUUUGUAGGACCUUUAACCCUUUCACUAAUUUUAUAAUUCCAGAUGCUGUGAUUGCUAUAUUUAAGUGGCUUGGGUGGUCAAAUUCAAUGCUCAAUCCAUUGAUCUAUGCCUUCUUUUACAGCUGGUUUCGAUCAGCUUUCAGAAUGAUUAUUUCAGGGAAACUAUUUCUGGGUAAUUUUACUAAGUCAAAGCUCUUUUGACUCUGCACUGAAAUGUAAAUUCAUCUGUACUUUGGUUCAGAAAUUACAUCUUCCACUACAUGCAUGCUUUACUAUGCAUGUACGUACCUGUAUGUACAACUCAGUGUACCAAUAGCACCGGCAUAGCUGUCAACAUUUAUGUUUUAAAAUAUGCAAGUAUUUAAUGCCAAUGGGUUGACUUUUGUGUUAUGUGUGUAUUGUGUGUCUAGAUUGUGUUUCAUAGUUAGGGCCCAAGCAUGGGGUGCGAGGCCCUAUUGAAUUUCGAAUGUUUAUUUUUUUUUCGU